CCUCAAAAACCCCACCACCAGACUUUACGCAGCAGCCGCUAUCAUCUCACAGACCCGUCACUUGGUGCCUCUUCGAAUUCUACCUACUACUACUGAUACCUAUUUUUUUUUCAACAACUUCUUCGGACAAUUCUUUACUCCUCUCUACCUACCAAACUUUUCUCUACAACUAAUACCACCUCUAACUAGCUUUUAUUCACAACUCGUGCACGUCAUUAUCAAAGCUUUCAAACGUAAUCACCAACUGUUUUUAUUCCGACGCAUAGUAAAAGCGAGGCGCGCAGCCUACCUCGUCUCUCCCCCGCCACCCCAUUCGAGAUGGCGCCCACAAUCCCAGAGCUGGACCUCAUGGUUCAGUCCUUCUAUGAAGGUCGCGGUGAACAGCAAAAAGCUGCCCAAACCGCAUUAAACCAGUUCAAGGAAGAUCCCGACGCAUGGCUUCUCGUCGACAAGCUCCUCUCCGAGUCGAGGCACCCGCAGACAAAGUAUCUUGGACUUCAGAUAUUGGACAAUGUUAUCAUGACCAGAUGGAAGGUUUUGCCUCGAGAACAAUGCUUAGGAAUUCGCAACUUCGUAGUGAACUUCAUCCUCCAGGCGUCCAGUACAGAAGAGUCGCUCAGGACUCAGCGCACUCUGUUGAACAAGCUUAAUCUAGUUCUAGUCUCUAUCUUGAAGCAAGAAUGGCCUCACAACUGGCCAACCUUCAUUAACGAGAUCAUCUCGUCCUGCCGAUCGAACCUCUCUAUCUGCGAGAAUAACAUGAUCAUUCUCCGCCUUCUCUCGGAAGAAGUUUUCGACUACUCGGCCGAACAAAUGACCUCAGCUAAAACUAGAAACCUGAAAACCACCAUGUGCAACGAGUUCUCGCAGAUCUUCCAGCUAUGCCAGGAGAUUCUCACCACCGCAAAUCAGGCAAGCUUAGUGAAAGCUACGCUGGAGACGCUACUACGGUUUUGUAACUGGAUCCCGCUCGGAUACAUCUUCGAGACGCCACUUAUCGAGACGUUACGCACGCGAUUCCUCGAAGUCCCUGAAUUCCGUAAUGUCACUCUACAGGUACUUACUGAGAUUGGCGGGCUUGUGACUGGGGGACCGGGACAGCCGAACGCAUAUAGCGAGCAAUUGGUCAAGAUGUUCGUUGACGUUCUAACGACUAUUGCAACGAUCGUUCCCUUGGAUCUCGAUCUAAAGAGUACUUAUCCCCAGAGUAACUCUAAAGAUCAGGAGUUCCUUCAAGAAUUGGCCCUCUUCCUGUGCAAUUUCUUCGGCCAGCAUGUUGAUCUUGUUGAAAAUCUACCUAACCGUGACUUUCUCACGCAUGGCCAUUUCUACCUCAUUCGGAUUUCACAGAUCGAAGACCGUGAGAUCUUCAAGAUUUGUCUAGAUUACUGGCUCAAGCUGGUACAGGAUCUGUAUGAGGAAAUGCAAACCGCGCCCCUCCAGGAAGCUAACCCCCUUAUGCUGGGGACUAACUCGGCGAGCGGUGCGGUAAAUCCGACCCUGUUGCAAAAUUUCCCCUUGAGAAUGCAUAAGUAUAAGGAGGUCCUCUCAAAUCUCCGUGUGGUUAUGAUCGAAAAGAUGGUCCGACCUGAGGAAGUUCUUAUCGUCGAGAACGACGAAGGUGAAAUUGUGCGCGAGUUUGUCAAGGAGAGCGAUACAGUGCAGCUUUACAAGACUAUCCGGGAAUGUCUCGUCUACCUGACGCAUCUUGAUGUGGUGGAUACUGAAACGAUCAUGACCGAAAAGCUUCAGAAACAGGUUGACGGUACCGAGUGGUCAUGGCAUAACUGCAACGUCCUGUGCUGGGCUAUCGGGUCGAUCUCACUCGCGAUGAACGAAGAGACGGAGAAGCGGUUUCUGGUCACGGUUAUUAAGGACCUCCUCGGGCUAACAGAAAUGAAGCGUGGUAAGGAUAACAAGGCCGUUGUGGCCAGUAAUAUCAUGUACAUUGUUGGGCAAUACCCACGCUUCUUGAAGGCCCACUGGAAGUUCCUUAAGACGGUCGUCAAUAAGCUCUUCGAGUUCAUGCACGAGUCGCACGAAGGCGUACAGGAUAUGGCCUGCGAUACUUUCAUUAAGAUCGCAAGGCAAUGCCGACGGCACUUUGUAGCUUUACAGCCUAGCGAGAACGAACCGUUCAUCGAGGAAAUUAUCCGGAACCUGCAGCGCAUCACGUGUGACUUAACGCCCCAGCAAGUCCACACGUUCUACGAAGCUUGCGGAUAUAUGGUCGCUGCCCAGGGCAACAAGCACCAGCAGGAACGGCUACUUGCUGAGCUCAUGAACGCACCCAACGCAGCCUGGGACGAGAUCAUCAGAGCAGCUACCCAAGAUCCUCAGAUCCUACAAGAUGCGGACACAAUCAAGAUCAUUGGAAACAUUAUGAAGACUAAUGUAUCGGCGUGUUCUUCUAUCGGACCGUACUUCGGUCCUCAGAUCGGCAGGAUAUACCUAGAUAUGCUUCAAAUGUACCGAGCUACUAGCCAGCUGAUAUCAGAGGCUGUCGCCCGUGAUGGCGAAGUUGCUCCUCGCAUGCCUAAGGUCCGAGGAUUGAGAACUAUCAAGAAAGAAAUAUUGAAGCUUAUCGAGAGCUACGUUGACAAGGCAGAGGAUCUACCUGCUGUCCGUCAGCAGAUGGUACCCCAGCUUCUUGACUCCGUGUUGGUAGAUUACAACCGUAAUGUCCCAGGGGCCCGAGAUGCGGAGGUUCUGAAAGCCAUGUCUACUAUCAUCACGAGACUAACAGGCCUUAUGGAAGAUCAAGUACCGAUCAUCAUGCAAAACGUCUUCGAAUGCACUCUGGAAAUGAUCAACAAAGAUUUCUCCGAAUUCCCCGAGCACCGAGUUGAAUUCUUUAAUUUGCUCAGAGCCAUCAACUUGCACUGCUUCCCAGCUCUCCUGAAGUUGGAUAACCGACAGUUUAAGUUCGUCAUCGAUGCGUGCAUGUGGGCUAGCAAGCAUGAUAACCGCGACGUUGAAAGCGCGGGACUCAAUAUGUGCUUGGAGCUGGUUACUAAUAUCGCUGAUAAGACUGAUGUGCAAACAGCCAAUGCCUUUUUCCAGCAGUUCUUCAUUGGUAUCUUGCAGGACGUGUUCUUCGUUUUGACGGAUCCUGACCACAAGGCCGGGUUCAAAACGCAAUCUAUGUUGCUAAUGCGCAUGUUUUACUUCGUGUUCCCCGCAGACGGUUCUACACCGAAGAUCCAGGGUCCUGUAUACACAGAUCAGGCGCCAGCUGGAACAAGUAACAAGGACUUCCUCACCGAGUUCGUCGGUGGUCUUCUACGUAAUGCUUUCCCCAAUCUGCAAAUUGCACAGAUAGGUGCAUUCAUCGAAUGCCUCUUCACCUUGAACGCGUCGUACGAGAAGUUCCGACUCCAGGUCCGAGACUUCCUCAUCUCCCUAAAGGAGUUUGCUGGCGACAACGCAGAUCUCUUCGUCGUUGAGAAGGAACAAGAAGCCCGCGAGAAGCUGACAGCUGACCACGAACGACGAGCUAAGGUCGGUGGCUUAUUAAAACCGUCGGAGAUCGAAGCGGAGGAUGAUGAGCUAUGACUACGUCAAGAGUUCAGAAACGAAUUUGCUCCUCGCCAUGACUCGAGCACAGUCGACAUCCCCGAGCGAACUUCGGUCGACCAUUUUGAUGGAUGGGAUGUCUACGGGCUUUAAGAGUCUAGCAGCGACCCCUGGAUAGGAUGAUGGGUCAUUUAUUUUAUAACUUUCUGACGCGCCUUUUCUAAUCCCUCUUCUCCAUUCUCUUGUACGUGAUACC